UCAAAUUGAUUCUUCUUACUAGGAACAGCAGCAACAGCUAAACGGAAAGAUGCGAAUUUUAAUGUUACUAUUGACUUUCUUAGCGAUGGCAGCCUUCGAAUUAGGUGCAGGCGCUGAUGCUAGCGCUAAUUUCGCUAGAUUGCGUCGCAUCAUCAAGCCGGAAAUUGUGAAGAGGCACGCUUCCUACUAUAAAUUUUCUCCAGAAGCCGAAGCUAGAGCCGCAGAUGAUGCUGGUGCUAGCCCAAAUACUGCUAGAGUUCCUCGUUUCGUAAAGCCGGAAAUUGUGAAGAGAUACGUUGCUCCGGAAACUGAAAGACACUACAAGGUUCUUUUCAUCAAGGCCCCAAGCGCAAGCGCAAGCAGCGCCUAGUCGGUUAUUUUCAUCUUAAAAUUUCACCAAGAACCCUGAAGCCGUCGAUAGUUUGAGAAAUUCAACCGUUGUUACAAAGUGCAUUUUGACUUUCCUUUAUUGUGUCAUUGUUUGUUGAAAUGUUGUUUUUCCGAUUGUGUUUUUGUUUGAAAUUAUAGUAAAUUUUCAAUAAAUUUGU